AGACGGUCAUCCGGGUUACCAAUGAUUUUCCGUUAUUUUUGUUUUAAGUUUUAACUCAUUAUAUCAUAAAGUAUUACACAUUUUUGUUAUUUAAUUUCACUUUUUCUUAUAAAAAUCGAAUGUGAAAUUAUUUUUCUUGUGAUAAUAAACGCACAUAAAAUUGUUUAACGAUGGCUACCAAACAACAGAGCCAAAAUGCAAUUACACUUAAGGGAUCUGCAAAAUUGGUUAUGGAUUAUUUAAGUAAGUCACCCGGUUUAGUCUUAGUUAUUAAGACUAAUUGGACACACAUGUCAUUAUAUUAUUAUUAUACUCUAUGUCUCUAUAUAAUGUACUUGUUAAAUAUACCGUUCAAUAACAAUACUCAAAUAUAAUUGUUACAGAUUUUGGCAUCAACAGUAUUCUUUUCCAACGAGGAAUUUAUCCACCCGAAUCUUUCAAAACGGAAGAACAUUUCGGGCUAUCAAUUCUUGUGUCCACCGAUGAAAAAAUUCAACAGUUCCUACAACCAGUUCUUAAUCAAAUGAAAGGUACCUAUAUUAUUUAUAAUAUAUAUUAUGUACGUACAUUUCUUUUAAAUCAUAGCUGAGAAAUUAUUAUCUAUCUGAAAAAACAAUUAUUUUGAUUAAUCAAAAACUAGGUAUUUAAUAAGUUUUGUUUAUAAAAUGCAAUUAAAACGACAAUUUUUCACUCCCUGGUUAUUUUAUAUAUUUUUUUAGAUUAAUUCUUAUCAGAAUUAUUUACUAGGUAAUAUCCAAAUGAUUUGAAUGUAUAAAAUAAAUACAUUUAUAUUUGAAUAUUAUAAAAUUUAAUUGAAAAAAAUGAACUGUAUAGGUCAUAACUAGGACUUCAGAACUCCAGACUUUAAGUACUUAGACAUUAAAAAUUCACUAAAAAUGUAUAAAUAAUUCUGAGGACUUAAAAAAAAAAUUUUUUUUUUCAUAGGUACAUACAGUACCUAUGAAGACAAUAUUGAUUUUGAAAUUUGUUUAAGCAAGUUUAAACAAGGAUUAAAAAUUUAAAAUAAAUACAUGUUCAUUUUCAUUUUUUGGUUUUUUUUUUUUUUAAGAGCAUAUAUUUAACCAUUUUUGGAUAUUUUAAAAACAUGUUUAAUUCAUUUUUGGCCAUAAAUACAUAUAUUCUAUUUAGGUUUUUUUUAGGGUGUAAAAUUAAAGUAAAGAUGUUAUUGUAAUUUAAAAAAUUAACAGUUAAUAAUAAAAAUUAAUUCAAUUAUUUCACUUUUUGAGUUUCAGAAAAGUAAUCUAUAGUUGUAGUUAUGGAUAAUCAUUUAUUUUAACUUAAGUCAAAUGAUUUUGCAUUUCCUUGUUUAUUAUAUUAACUUAUACUUAUUACUUAAUUGAAACACAUUAAAUAUGAAAUUUUUAGAUAUUUCACAAAUAUUACUAAAUGUACACGUUUUUCAUUAUUUUAAUUAAAUUAUAUUAAACUAUAUAUUUUUCAUACUGAAUUGUUUGUAGUUUUCAAAUUGAUAAUUUAAAAAAUAAAAACAUUUCUUUUAGACUGGCUUUUAGAUCAAAAGAUUCAAAAAAUGGCAAUGGUUAUAUAUAAUGUUACCACUAAAGAAGUGUUAGAGCGCUGGGACUUCAAACUACAGUAUGAAGGAUCACCAAAUGAUACUAAUUCAGAAUUAGUUGGAAACAAAGAUUUAUCAACUAUACAAAAAGAAAUCAGGGAUGUAUUGAGACAAAUAUGUUCCACAGUUAGUUUUCUGCCCUUGCUCGAUUGCCCAUGUGCAUUUGAUCUACAAAUAUACACUAAGCCUGAAGUAGAUGUACCACAAGAAUGGGCUGAAACUGCACCGAGUUAUAUUGCUAAUUCUCAAGAAUUACAAUUAAGAUCAUUUUCGACUUCAUUACAUAGAAUGAACACUGUCGUGAGCUAUAAAACAGACAUGUGAACACAACUAUUGGUACGUAAAUACUUAUAAUUUUUUUUAUUAACAUAAGUUUAUACUCUUGUUUAUACAGACUGUUUAUGAUAAGCAAAUCAUUUUCAUAUUUGAAAGUUACACCCUCUCAUUGUUUACUUAAAAUUAAACUGUGUUGGUUUUUUUUAUUCAUUUUUAAUCAUAAUUAUUUUUUAUUCUAUAAUAAGUAAUCACAGUCUACAUAAUUUUUAAUAACUUUUUUUUUUUAAGGUAGUCAUAUUCAUGUAUGAAUAUUAACUGUUUAAUAUUAAAACUGUGUACUAUAUUU